AUGCUCAUUUCCAACAUCACUGUUUUCAGGCCUUCUAUGUUGACACUAAUCGGGAUCCCAGGCUUAGAGUCUGUGCAGUGCUGGAUUGGAAUUCCAUUCUGUGCCAUGUAUCUCAUCGCUAUAAUCGGAAAUUCCUUACUUCUGAUCAUCAUCAUAUCAGAACGCAGCCUCCAUGAGCCCAUGUACAUUUUCCUAGGCAUGCUAGGAGUCACAGAUAUUGCACUUAGUACCAGCGUUGUGCCCAAGAUGCUUGGAAUUUUCUGGUUUCAUCUACCACAGAUUUAUUUUGAUGCCUGCCUGCUUCAGAUGGGACUCAUCCACACAUUUCAGUGCAUAGAGUCAGGCAUCCUGAUGGCCAUGGCCAUGGACCGUUAUGUGGCCAUCUGUUAUCCACUAAGACAUGCUGCCAUCUUUACCCAUCAGCUUGUCACCCAAAUAGGGACUGUGGUAACCCUCAGGGCUGCCAUUCUAGUAGCCCCAUACCUCGUACUGAUAAAAUGCCAAUUUCAGUUUUAUCAUACAACAGUCAUAUCCCACUCCUACUGUGAGCAUAUGGCCAUUGUGAAACUGGUUGCAGAAAAUGUCCAGCUUAACAAAAUCUAUGGUUUGUUUGUGGCCUUCACUGUUGCAGGGUUUGAUUUAAUGCUCAUCACAUUGUCUUAUACACAGAUAUUUAUCACAGUUUUUCGUUUGCCUAAGAAGGAGGCUAGGUUGAAAACAUUCAAUACCUGCAUUGCUCACAUCUGUGUUUUCCUCCAGUUCUACCUCCUUGCCUUCUUCUCCUUCUUCACGCAUAGAUUUGGGUCUCAUGUCCCCCCUUAUAUCCAUAUCCUCUUUUCUAGCAUUUACUUGCUGAUCCCUCCAUUUCUCAAUCCACUUGUCUAUGGUGCAAAGACCAAUCAGAUCCGCAUUCAUAUCAUAAAAAUGUUUUGUUUAUAA